UAAUGGGAGUCUGUAGUGCGAAAAAACAAAAAUAAUCUGGAGAACAAAAGAUAACUGAUAUUUAAUUGUAGGGAAGACAAUAACCUUUAAUAUCAUCAUAUAACCAAUAGUAAAAUUCCGAAUAAUAAAAUUAUAAUCCACCAAUUCAAUUAUAAUAAUAAAAUUCAUCAAAUUACUAUUAACCAAUAGAAGAAGGUGAUCUAGAUCUAUUGAAAGAUGAUGUUUAUGUUUAAAACAUAAAUAAAUCAUUUAAUGAUAUUUAUCACUUAUUCAAUAAAGUAUUGAAAUUAAUUUAUAGUAGAUGACAUAAGAGUUUGAUUAACUUUCCCAGUUUUUAUUAUCAGGUGCUUAAUAAGAAGUCUUCAUUUGA